CUCCCAUCCCGCAACAACCGCCUCUCCCGCCCCGCCUCCACCCUCCCCUUCUCCCACAGUCGCGACCUAUCCGUAUCCCCAGCUCCCCCGCGGACCCGCAGCCGCAUAUCUAGCCGGCUAGGCUCGCACAGCCCCGCGCCAGGCGCCUCUCCCACCCCAUCCCGCUCCCUCCUCGACCCGCCCCCCUACAGCAAACUCCGCCGACCCCUAGGACCAGAGGCCAUGGUGAACACCCCCCGCAACCGCCAAAGCUACGCCGGCCUAUCCUUCGGCCGCAGCGUGUCCCACGCCCCGGACAACGGCCUCCUCAGCCCGACAAAGGCCGCCCGUCCGGAAACCGCCCUGGGCCACUCAGGAAGCCGCCGCAUCAGUCUCCUCCCGAUGCCCAAAGGCCGGUCCGGAAGGGACAGCGCGACGGGGAAUCGCAGCAAGGUUGACGACCGGCCGCGAUGGCGGUAGUUUUCUUUCUUCGUGUUAUCUUGUCUCCGUAUCUCUGUUAUUCCCCUUUCGAUUUUUUUUUCUCCCCACUGUACUAUCCGCAUUAUCUGCAUUUACUUGAUUUGUGUACGGUGGCGGUGCGGUUACGGAAUGGUGUCGGUUUAUGUUAUUCUGUUUCCUUUUCUUUUCUCUAUUUGUUUCCCCCUUAUCUUCCCAUUUUCCAACGUAUGAGGGACAAACAGAUUGUUUGAUUUUGAUUCCCCUAUUUGUUUUGUUCUUCCCAUGUCAUUGUCAUUGUUAUUUGAUUCUGCAGAUUAGCGUGAUCUUUACAUUGUGUUGUCUUUCUAUCGUUUCAUUGUUGUUUAGGGUUAGGUGCUGGGGUCUGUUUCAAUGGAUUGAUUGAUUGAUUGAUUCUUUCUGUAUUUC